AUGGGGCACAAGAAGUGUCUGAUUAACAUCUUGACACCGAACACUGUUAUUACUAAGAAUGAUGAAAAUACAGAGGUCAUCUACAAACCAUUGAAAUGAUAUGAAGGCCCUCUCUGGAAGAGCUCAAGAUUUUUUGUCUGGAGAUUAUGCUGGGUAGUGUUAGAACAUGGAGUCAUUUCAUGGUAUAGGAAACAGCCUGAUGCAGUCCAUAAUAUUUAUCGCCAGGGAUGCAAACACCUAACUCAACCAGUAUGCACGGUAAAAUCCACUGAUAGCUGCUUCUUUAUUGAAUGCUUUGAUGACAGUAUUCAUAGCUUCAGAUUCGUUCCUAAGAAUAGCCUUCAGCAGUCAAGAGAGGACUGGCUGGAAAUAGAAGAGCGUUCUGCUUAUAGCACUCACUACCGUUCCCAGGAUCAGUUGACGGAUGAAGAGGAUGAUGCAGUUUCUGCUGUAGCCUUGAAGGAAUCCAUAGAGAAAGCGAAAACAUGCUAACAGAAACUAGAUAGGGAAAUGUCCAACUUUCAAAUGAUUAAGGAGUGUGACAUGGCCACAGAAAUGCUUUCAUUAUUUCUUCAGAAAGUUGAAGUUGCCUCUGAAACUUCUAGAGAAGUGGUAGCUUUGAGUGAUUGCCUUAAUCUCUUCACUAAACAAAAAGGGGUGAGAAAUUUUAAAUUGGAACAGGAGCAAGAAAAAACCAAAAUUUUGUUAGAAGCACCAGAAGUAGCCACUGAACAUCAUGAAUUAGAGCAGUCUCUGUUUAAAGGCUCACCACCCAUCCUUAGUGAGGACAAGUUAUAGGAUGCGCUGUCAGAUUCCGAAUCCGAACGGUCCCAGUUGGAAGCAGUGACAGCGCACUCAUUUGAAGAAGGAAAGCAUUUGAGCAGUUGAAAACACAGAAUGUCUGAAGGAAAAGAUUGUGGUGGUGGAGAUGCUCUCUCCAAUGGCAUCAAAAAACACAGAACAAGCUUGCCCUCCCCCAUGUUUUCCAGAAAUGACUUCAGUAUCUGGAGCAUCCUCAGAAAAUGUAUUGGAAUGGAACUAUCCAAGAUCACAAUGCCAGUUAUAUUUAAUGAGCCUUUGAGCUUCCUACAGCGACUCACUGAAUAUAUGGAGCAUACAUACCUCAUCCACAAGGCCAGUUCAUUUUCUGAUCCUGUGGAAAGGAUGCAGUGUGUAGCUGCAUUCGCUGUAUCGGCGGUUGCUUCUCAGUGGGAACGCACUGGAAAGCCUUUCAACCCCCUUCUAGGAGAGACUUACGAAUUAGUUCGAGAUGACCUUGGUUUCAGACUCAUCUCAGAGCAGGUCAGCCAUCAUCCACCCAUUAGUGCAUUUCAUGCUGAAGGAUUAAACAAUGAUUUCAUCUUUCAUGGUUCAAUCUACCCCAAACUGAAGUUCUGGGGAAAGAGUGUAGAAGCAGAACCCAAAGGAACCAUCACCUUGGAGCUCCUUGAACACAAUGAAGCAUACACAUGGACAAAUCCUACCUGCUGUGUACAUAAUAUCAUUGUGGGAAAACUUUGGAUUGAGCAGUACGGCAAUGUGGAAAUCAUAAACCACAAGACUGGAGACAAAUGUGUGUUGAAUUUUAAGCCAUGCGGCCUUUUUGGUAAGGAGUUACACAAAGUUGAAGGCUACAUUCAAGAUAAAAGCAAAAAGAAGCUCUGUGCCCUCUAUGGGAAGUGGACUGAGUGUUUGUAUAGUGUUGAUCCCGCCACUUUUGAUGCUUACAAAAAAAAUGAUAAGAAAAAUACUGAAGAGAAGAAGAACAGCAAACAGAUGAGCACUUCUGAGGAGUCGGAUGAAAUGCCAAUGCCAGAUUCUGAAAGUGUAUUUGUUAUCCCUGGAAGUGUUCUCCUAUGGCGAAUAGCCCCACGGCCUCCAAAUUCUGCCCAGAUGUAUAAUUUUACUACCUUUGCAAUGGUUUUGAAUGAAGUAGACAAGGAAAUGGAGAGUGUGAUUCCUAAGACAGACUGCAGGUUACGGCCUGACAUCAGAGCCAUGGAAAAUGGAGAAAUAGAUCAAGCUAGUGAAGAAAAAAAACGACUUGAGGAAAAACAGAGAGCAGCCCGCAAAAACAGGUCCAAGUCGGAAGAGGACUGGAAGACGAGGUGGUUCCAUCAAGGUCCUAAUCCCUACAACGGAGCGCAGGACUGGCUUUACUCUGGCAGCUACUGGGACAGAAACUACUUCAAUUUGCCUGACAUUUAUUAAAAUGCAGACAAGUCAGGGUGUUUGGCUAAUCUACAAAUAAGUCUUAAACCUAUGUUUUUUAAUUUUUUCCCUUGGUUUCUACUCAUCUUUAAAAAAAAGAAAAAACCCACUCAUGAGAGAACUUGCAUUUUACUCAACAAAAGUAGGGCAUAAGGUGAUACUGGUGAUGAAAGUCUCAGAAAAAAAUGGGUAAUUUUGCUAUCCAAACAUACUUAUUUGGAAUACUAUUUUAUAUAGAGGUAAGAGAAAUUGCUGAAUAUGCUUUUUAU